AUGACCGUCCCUGCCGAGCACCCCAUCGAGACCCCCCCGAGGGCGCCCUCUCCUGUCCACAACUUCGGCACCCUCGCCGUUCACGCCGGCUCUCCCCACGACCCUGUAACCGGCGCCGUCAUCGAGCCCAUCUCCCUCUCUACCACAUUCGCGCAGACUGCCGUCGGUAAGCCCGUAGGCGUCUACGAGUACUCCCGCUCCAGCAACCCCAACCGCGACAACUUCGAGAAGGCCGUCGCCGCUCUCGAGCACGCGAAAUACGCCCUCGCCUUCUCCUCUGGCUCCGCGACCACCGCCGUCGUCCUCCAGUCACUCGCCGCAGGCUCCCACGUCAUCUCCGUCUCUGACGUCUACGGCGGCACCCACCGCUACUUCACCCAGGUCGCAAAGGCCCACGGCGUCAAGGUCACCUUCACUCCCGAGAUCGAGGUCGACAUCUCCGCCCACAUCACCCCCGCCACCAAGCUCGUCUGGAUCGAGAGCCCCUCCAACCCGACCCUCCGCCUCGUCGACAUCCGCGCCGUCGUCACCCAGGCCCACCAGCACGGCAUCCAGGUCGUCGUCGACAACACCUUCCUCUCCCCCUACGUCCAGAACCCCCUCGACCACGGCGCCGACAUCGUCGUCCACUCCGUCACAAAGUACAUCAACGGCCACUCCGACGUCGUCAUGGGCGUCGCCGCCUUCAACUCGGACGACCUCAAGGCCCGCCUCGGCUUCCUCCAGAACGCGAUCGGCGCCGUCCCCUCCGCCUUCGACUGCUGGCUCGCCCACCGCGGCCUCAAGACGCUUCACCUGCGCGCCCGCCAGGCCACCGUCAACGCCACCGCCGUCGCCGAGGCCCUCGAGGCCGCGACCGACAACGUCAUCGCCGUCAACUACCCCGGCCUCGACUCCCACCCCCACCGCGCCAUCGCGAAGAAGCAGCACCGCGACGCCAUGGGCGGCGGCAUGCUCUCCUUCCGCAUCAAGGGCGGCCACCCCGCCGCCGAGCGCUUCUGCCAGCUCACGAAGAUCUUCACCCUCGCCGAGUCCCUCGGCGGCGUUGAGUCGCUCGUCGAGGUCCCCAGCAGCAUGACCCACGCCGGCAUCCCCAAGGACCAGCGCGAGGCCGUCGGCGUCUUCGACGACCUCGUCCGCAUCAGCUGCGGUAUCGAGGACACGGACGACCUGCGCCGCGACGUCCUCAACGCCCUGAAGCAGGCUGUCGCGGAGCAGAACGGCACCAACGGAAAGAACGGCGUUAACGGACACUAG